AUGGCGUGGACGCUGGGCGAGGACGAGACGGAGCUGGAUCCCGACGACCCGCGCCUCACGGGCAAGAUCCGCAAGAGCAUGCAGCUCAAGCGCGAGGCGCAGUACACGCACCGCCGCUCCAGCUGCACCACGACGAUCACGGCCAACACGGCGCACGUCAUGCAUCGCCAGAAGUUCAUCCUCAAGCUCGCCAAGGCACUGAUGCUCUUUGGCGCGCCGUCGCACCGCAUCGAGUCGCAGCUCAACGCCACGGCAAACGUGCUCGAGGUCGACGCGCAGUUCAUCCACUUUCCCGGACUCGUCAUUGCCUCGUUUGGCGACGUCGACAAGCACACGUCCGAGACGCACUUUGUCAAGAGCAAGUCGGACCUGGCCCUCGGCCCGCUGCACGACGUGCACAUCGUCUACCGCCGCGUCGUGCACGACGAGAUUGGCGUCGAGGAGGGCACCGAGGAGCUGAACCGCCUGCUGCGCGCCGAGGCGUGCUGGAGCGAGUGGAGCCGCAUCGGCUUUGCCGCCAUCCGCUGCUGGCUCAUGGCGCCCAUGUCCUUUGGCGGCAGCUUCAUCGACGCCUUUGUCGCCGCCGCCUUUGGCGCCAUGCUGACAUUCCUGCAGCUGCGCGUCACGCGCAAGAACGCCAUGUACUCCAACGUGUUUGAGAUCUCGACGGCCAUCAUGAUCUCGUUUGUGGCGCGCGGCCUCAGCACGACGGGCCUGUUCUGCUACCAGUCGAUUGCGUCGUCGGGCCUGAUCCUCGUGCUGCCCGGCUACAUCAUUUUGUGCGGCUCGCUGGAGCUCGCGUCGAAGAACAUGAUCGCCGGCUCGGUGCGCAUGGUCUACGCCAUCAUCUACUCGCUGUUCCUCGGCUUUGGCAUUGCCAUCGGGUCCGACGUGUGGUUCCUGCUGGAUCCGGCGUCGCGGCAGUCGAUGUACGUGCCGCUCGAGUCCUCCACCAAGGUCGACGGCAGCUUCAUCCUCGCCAACCAGACGCUGCCGCUGUGGACGGGCAGCUUCACCUUCACCAACGGCACGAGCAACGCGCUCAACGCCGGCACGAUCAACUGCGAGCGCCUGCCCGAGUGGCCGUGGUACCGGCAGCCCGUGUCGCCGUGGUUCAACUUCCUCUUUGUGCCGACGUUCUCGCUGCUCUCCUGCUUCAACCUGCUGCAGCCGAUGCGCAGCUGGGACCUGCCCGUCAUGGUCUUCAUCGCCUGUGCCGGCUGGACGGCCAACAUGGCGGCGAACCACUUCGUCUUCAACCGCUCCGACGUCGUCAGUGCCAUCGGCUCGUUUGUCAUCGGCAUCCUCGGCAACGUCUACUCGCGCGUCUUCCGCGGCACCGCCUUCACCGCGACGGCCGUCGCCGUGCUCUUCCUCGUGCCCUCGGGCAUGGCCAUGGCCGGCGGUCUGGCCAUGACGUACAAGGGCUCCGACGGCGACCUGUACUCCAACGGCCUGAGCUUUGCGCUGCGCAUGGUGCAGGUCGCCAUCGGCAUCACUGUCGGGCUCUUCAUGUCCGCGCUCGUCGUCUACUCCGUCGGCCGCAAGAAGGGCGGAGCGCUCUUUGCCUUCUGA